CACGUGAAUCAAGUUUCUACUUCAACAUCUGCUUUGAGCCAUGGUGAAGAUCCCGGUAAAUGUACGGAAUACCGGUGAGGAUGACUUGUUGUGUGGAACGGCGAGCUUUUCCGAUGUAUUUUUUAGGUUUCUAGAGGAAGGUGAGAUGUCGUCGGGAAAUUACUGUACAUCUGGUGACCGGAAUGGUUACCCUGACGACGAAGAGGAUGGAAACUCCUGCGAUUUGGAAGAGAGUAGGGCGUUUUGGAUCUCUCAAGAUGAACUUCUUCAGGCGACGUUACGGAGAACGAGUUCGAUUGAGUCGAGAAUCCGCCGAGCGACGGCGGAGAUUCUGAGGGAAAUGAACAUAGAGUCGACGAUAUGUAAGUGCGGGACGUCGCCGGCAGGAGGCUGCCGGAGUUGUUGGCAGAGAGAGAUCUGUAAUCGGAUGCGAAUCGCCAGUUUCAAUUGCGCGGUGUGCAAAUCGAAAUGGAAAAGCGCAUCUGACAUUCCAUCAGGCGAACAUUCGUAUUUGGAAGUUGUGGACAAUUCGAGUUCGAGAAGAGGCGAAAUUCGCGUGGUGAUCGAGCUCAAUUUUAGGGCAGAGUUCGAGAUGGCGAGAGCGAGUGAAGAAUACAACAAAUUAAUCAGGCGAUUACCGGAGGUAUUCGUCGGGAAAUCAGAGCGAUUAUGGUCUCUGAUUAAGAUCCUAUGCGCGGCGGCGAAGAGGUGCACUAAGGAGAAGAAGAUGCAUCUGGCUCCAUGGAGGAAACAGAAAUACAUGCAAUCGAAGUGGCUAGGGAGGAGGGAGAGGGCGGCGGAGACGUCGGCGGAUCUGCCGGUGAAUUUCUCGGACCGGCCGGCAAAGUCGAAGGCGUCGAUGCUAACAUUCGAUCUGCUAGACAAUUUGGCUGGCCUGCAUUGCAGCGCAGUUGAAGUUGUUUGAGACUGAAUUUUUGGGGGUUAGGUUUUGUUAGAAUGUGUUCAUAAAUCAAAUUGAUUAUGCUCUCUUUUAAUGCCCAGAGUUGUUAUGAAUUUGGUAGGUUUAAAAUUUAUAUAAAUAAUAUACUUCCGAUUUUAAUUCA